AUGCCGACCACCACCACCCAGCCUCAAAAGCUGGACGGGCCUCUCGUCUGGGAUCCGCCACGUCCUCCAGCCCAGCUUCCAACCUUGCCUAGUCGCUCUGUCAUCUUCUCUCAAGCCCAUCCGCCAUGGAUCAACGGGCCAGACCGAUCCCGCGACAGGUACAACGUCGGCAUCCUCUCCUCGGUGCUCGUUCACCCCGGUUUCGUCGCCCAGCUCGGCCACCCAGACGCCAGCCGCAAGGGCGUCAUCACCGCCAUCUACUACCUCGGCACCUGGGUCUCGUACGUCUUCAUCUCCCACACCGCCGGCGACCGCCUCGGCCGCCGCUAUGCCGCCCUCGUCGGCACCCUCACCGCCUGCUUCGGUGCCGCGCUGCAGGCCGGCGCCACGGGUGGCGGCGCAUACGCCAUGGUCGUUGCGGGCCGCGUCAUUGCCGGCAUUGGCACGGCGAUUGUGAGCACCAGCGUUCCGCUCUAUCAGAGCGAGAUUUCCCCUGCCAAACAACGCGGGAGGUUUGUGGUCAUGAACCACAUUGGCUUCGUGGCCGGCCUAGCUUGCGGCUUCUGGAUCGGAUACGCAGUCACAUUCUGGGAUGACGCCUGGGGCACCUACGUCGGCUGGCGCUUCUCCAUUGCCGUGCAGCUCAUCCCGGCCUGCAUCUUUGCCGUCGGCCUCCCCUUCACGCCCGAGACCCCACGCUGGCUCGUCGAGCACGGCCACCUCGACCGCGCCCACAAGACCUUGCACUAUUUCCGCGAAGGCUCCUACACCGACGACGAGGUCGAGCACGAGUUCGCCGAGAUCAAGGCCUCGGUCGCCGCCUACCGCGCCUCGGGCCUGACCUGGCUGUCCCUCUUCCGCGAGCCCUCGCUCUUCAGCCGCCUCUGGCGCGCCGCCCUCCUGCAGUUCAUGGCCCAGAUGUGCGGCGCUACCGCCAUGAAGUACUACCUGCCCACGCUGUUCAAGGCCCUGGGUCUCGGCCGUCGCCUAUCGCUGCUGGCCGGCGGGAUCGAGUCGACGCUCAAGAUUGGGUGCACGAUACUCGAGAUGCUCAUUAUCGACAAGGUGGGGAGGAGGUUGACGCUGGGCGUCGGCGCCGGAGUCAUGGCGUUCGCGAUGCUGAUCAACGGCGUGCUGCCGAUUGUGUACCCCGGCAACGCGAACAAGGCCUCUGACUACACCUGCAUUGUCUUCAUCUUCGUCUAUGCCCUCGGCUACAGCAUGGGUUUCGGCCCUGCUGCUUGGGUCUAUGGCUCAGAGAUCUUCCCCACCGCCCUUCGCGCCCGCGGCCUCAACUUUGCCGCCUCGGGAGGUGCCGUUGGGAGCAUCAUCGUGGCGCAGGUCUGGCCCGUCGGCAUCGACAAGAUCGGGUCGCGCAUCUACUUCUUCUUCAUGGCUGUUAAUCUAGCCUGCGUGCCGAUCAUCUUCCUUCUCUACCCGGAGACAAAGGGACGGCCUUUGGAGGAGAUGGACGAGUUGUUUGGCAAGGCGGAUGCCGUGCAGAGGAUGGCCGAGCAAGCGCAGGAAGAGCCGGCGGAACUAAUCUCGGGCCAGGAUACGGGGAAGCACACGGGCCUUGGGAGAGUCUGA